CACCCGGAUGCUCGCUAGCAGACCCGAGAGAGCGCAGACAAGGAGGGAGGAGGUGCGGAGACCACAACGGAGAGGGAGCGAGCCGGAGGAGAGCCCUGCACUGCAUUAACGAGAAAGAGCACAGAGGAGGAGGUGGAUAGUUUUCUGAUGCCGAGCUGACGGUGCCCGGUGGUGAAGCGGAAAGUGGAGCGGCUGACAAUCGCAGGAUUGAUGGAGAUGGAGAGACAGCGUAGUCACCCAGCACUGCUGUACACCUGGACAAAAGAGCUGCACUGACAGAGGCCUGCAAAGUGCUUCUCACACAGUGAGUGGACGAGGAAGCUGUCCACAUACGUGAACGUUAUCGGCUGUCAGGACAGAGUCUGGCCAACUUUGAGGGGCAAACUCAGCCAUUUGGAGGGACAGAGAUGUUGUGGCAGGACAAGCAUGCAGCCCUGACUUUCAUGUCAUUACUGCUGCUACUGUGGCAGGAAGCAGCACCCAUUGAAGUCCCAGAAGACCCAAAGAUCCAGCAAGACUUGAAGCAGCCCCCAACUAUCAUGAAACAGUCAGUAAAGAACUACAUUGUGGACCCCAGAGAUAACAUCAUCAUUGAGUGUGAGGCCAAGGGCAACCCAGUGCCAACGUUUUCAUGGCGAAGAAAUGGGAAGUUUUUCAAUAUUGGGAAAGAUCCCAGGGUGACGAUGCGAAAACGCUCGGGAACCCUGGAGAUUGGCUUCCGCAGCGGAGGUCGGCCAGAGGACUACGAGGGAGAAUACCAGUGUUUUGCCACCAAUGACUUUGGAGUGUCUCUGUCCAACAAAAUCCUGCUCCGGGUCUCCAAGGCUCCUCUGUGGCCUAAGGAGGUGCUGGAGCCAGUAUCUGUGACUGAAGGCUCCGCACUGGUUCUACCUUGCAACCCCCCACCAGGUCUGCCUCCUCCGUUCACCUUCUGGAUGGACAGCAAUAUGAGUCCAAUCCCUCAGGAUAAACGAGUGUCCAUGGGUCUUAAUGGAGACCUCUACUUCUCCAAUGUUUUGGCCCAAGAUGCAAACACAGACUACAGCUGUAAAGCUCGCUUUCUGUUCACACACACCAUCCAGGAGAAGAACCCAUACAAACUCAAAGUUCAGACCAAGGAGCCAUACAAUGACACAUCUUACAAUGCCUCUGAGCCCCACGGUGACCGUAAAGUAGCAGAGUCCACGCCGACCUUCCUCUCACCAUCAGGAAGUGAGAGCUCCAAAAUGGUGCUGCGAGAUGAGCAGCUGCUGCUGGAGUGUAUCGCUGCUGGACUUCCAACACCCAUCAUCAAGUGGUUUAAGAAAGGUGGGGAGCUGCCAGGGCAGAAGGUCAAGUUUGAGAACUUCAACAAGACCCUGAAGAUCGUUAGUGUGUCAGAGGAGGACGCUGGCGAGUAUGUAUGCAUGGCCAACAACCAUUUAGGCACCAUACGCCACUCCAUCUUUGUUCAAGUUAAAGCGGCUCCUUACUGGUUACACAAGCCAUCAGACCAGGUGCUAGCCCCAGAAGAGAAUGGACGCCUGGUAUGCCGGGCCAAUGGCAACCCUAAACCUCGCAUUGAGUGGCUUGUCAAUGGGCAGCCUAUAGAGAGCUCUCCCACCAACCCAAACAGACAGGUGCUGGGAGACACCAUCAUGUUUCACUCUGUGCAGAUCGGAAGCAGCGCCGUGUACCAGUGUAACGCCUCCAACGAGCAUGGCUAUUUGUUAGCCAACGCCUUUGUCAACGUUCUUGACCUGCCCCCGAGGAUGCUGGGCCCCAAAAACCAGCUAAUAAAAGUCAUUAAGAACAACCGCACCUUCCUAGACUGCCCCUUUUUUGGUUCGCCUUUACCGGAGCUACGCUGGUUUAAGAAUGGACAGGGCAGCGGGCUGGAUGGAGGCCAGUACCGUGUUUACAUUAAUGGUACCCUGGAGAUAAAGCGGGCCCGAGCAGAGGACGAGGGAACCUACACCUGUGUGGCCAGCAGCAUCUUGGGAAAAGCUGAAAACCAAGUGCGCCUGGAGGUCAAAGAGCCGACUCGCAUCAUUCAGGCCCCCGAGCACCAGUCAGCCAUCAGGGGCUCCACGGCUCGCUUCAUGUGUAGGGUGACGUCUGACCCCAGCCUUCCUGUCAGUGUGGCCUGGAUGAAGGAUGACAAGCCUCUUUACUUGGGAUGGAGGUUGAAGAAGGAUGAUGAGUCUCUGUCCAUCCCCAAUGUGAACGAGGGUGACGAGGGGACGUACACCUGCACUGCUAAAUCUGAGAUAGACCAGCUCUCAGCCUCUGCUCGCCUCACUGUGUUAGAGGUGGCCACUCUCAACCCCUCAGUCUCUAGUGCCUUGCUUCCAGCCCGUCCAGACCCCCCCAUGGAUCUGGAUUUGUCAGACCCAGCAGCACGCAGCGUUCGCCUCACCUGGAUCCCUGGAAAAGAGCACAGGAGCCCCAUCACAGAGUUCUUGGUCCAGUUUGAAGAGGACCGCUGGGAGCCGGGUAGGUGGCAGAACUUGUCAUCUUACCCUGGAGACCUCAACUCUGUCAUCCUGCAGCUCGCUCCCUUUGUCAACUACCAGUUCAGGGUCAUCGCCAUCAACUCAGUAGGUCAGAGUGAUCCCAGCCGCCCCUCGCCCCGGUACAAGACCACUGGAGCUGCACCAGAUGCCAUUCCCAAAGGCCUACGGGGUUGGGGGUCCAGAAAGGACAAUAUGGAGAUCACCUGGGAGCCUCUCCUUGAUCUGGAAAGAAAUGGUCCAAACCUGCACUACAUUGUGUGGUGGAGACGAAAAGACGCUGAAGAGGAGUGGAAUAACCUGACCACAGUGGGGACUAACCAUGUGGUCCACAAUACAGAAAUCUAUGUGCCUUAUGAGCUCAAAAUCCAGGCCAGGAAUGAGUUUGGAGCAGGACCAGAGUCUAACCUGGUCAUUGGAUACUCUGGAGAAGACAAGCCCACUGAUGCUCCCACUGACCUGCGGGUAUCAAAGGUUGACAGCACCAAAGUUAUCAUCCACUGGAACCCUGUGGACCUGAACUCUGUCCAGGGAGAGUUCAAGGAGUAUAGAUUAUACUACUGGCGUGAGUCUAGCCAGGUUCCAGGUCUGGUGGUCAGUAAGGAGAAGAAGGUCAAAGGUUUCUAUAGCACUACGGCCAAACCAUCUGGCAUGCUCAGCGACCUGGCGCCCUACUCGAACUACAAGAUGUUCAUGGUUGUGGCCAACAAUCGCUUUGAGAGUCAACCCAGCAACACUGUGGCAUUUACCACCAAAGAAGGAGUUCCAGACGCUCCAAGGUUCUUCAAGAUUAAUCGCAGAAGUUUGGACACGAUCCACUUGGAAUGGGCGAAACCUCUGGAGCCCAAUGGCAUCCUGACUGGAUACCAGCUCAAGUACCAAACAGUCAACGGUUCCAAGGUGGGUCCUUUCCAGCUGGAGACGUUCUUUCCUAACGUGACAGAGUUUUUCCUUCGCGUGCCGGACCGUUUCUCCCGCUACAAGUUCUUCCUGUCAGCACUGACUCAGGUGGGAAAGGGGGAGGACUAUGCUGAGGAGUCUCCACACUUCACUAAUGAAGAAAACUUUACUGACACGACAGAUCUAGUCGAGCUUACCGACUCCUUUGUGGCUUCUGGUUUCACUCCUACUCCUACUCCUUUUGGUUAUCCUUCUCCUACUACCAUUGCUCCUACAACCAUUAGUACCUCAGCUACUCCCACUCCUACAACUACGACUUCAACCACUACUAUUGCCACCACUUCUACUACUGAGGCAACCACUACCAUCCUUCCAAUGCUGUUCACCACCAAGCGUAUUGACCAGAAUGUGUUGGUGGCUUCUGGGCGAGAGAUCUGGAAUUUGACGGUGGAGCCUAACAGUAACUACGCUAAAGUCAGCUGGACGCACAACUUCCCGGCCAGCAGCAGCGAUUUUGUACUAGAGUUCACUCUGGACAGUAACAAGACGAAGAAAGAUGUAAAGAGUCAACAGCCCCCCAUUAAUGUGGUGGAUCUCAUCCCAGGCGUCGUGUAUCACCUGAGAGUUUACUCCCAUCUAUUCAACAGUGUCAGCAGCAAAUCUGUCACCUUUAAGACCAAAGCAGCCUACAUAGACCAGGUAGACAUAGCCACGCAGGGCUGGUUCAUCGGAUUGAUGUGCGCCAUCGCCCUUAUCAUCCUGAUCCUCCUCAUCGUCUGUUUCAUCAAGCGGAGUCGUGGAGGAAAGUACCCAGGUGGUGGCUACAUGAGCUGUUUCACAAAGGCUCUGGUGCGAGAUAAAAAAGAUCUCCCCUUGGACGCGGUGGAUCAAAAAGACCAGGAUGGAUCCUUUGAUUACCACAGCGACGAGGACAACAAGCCUCUGCAGGGCAGCCAGACUUCACUGGAUGGCAACGUAAAGGAAAGCGACGACAGCCUGGUGGACUACGGCGAGGGAGGAGACGGGCAGUUCAACGAAGACGGUUCUUUCAUCGGCCAAUACACAGUGAAGAAGGACAAGGACGAGACGGAGGGCAACGAGAGCUCCGAGGCCACUUCGCCUGUGAAUGCCAUCUACUCGCUGGCAUAGCGGCUCAACAGCGCACACGGGGAACUUGGACUCUCUGAUUUGUUAUGAUAGAACCACACACAUGAUUCUAUGAGUAUAUGAAACACAUUACACACAGUGAAAGCAGCAGUGGCACCAGUCUGGAGACUGUCUAGGCUCUCCUCUGCAGGUAACGUGGAAAAAGAUGCGACCACAAGCCUUUAAUUUAUUUUUCCAGUUCUAACAAUAUGGUCCAUGGACACAUCUGGAGAAAGUGAACGAUGCUCGUUUUCCUUUGCGCUCUGCCUGCCCUUUACCCACACAGACUUGAAGUGUGCCUUCGGGAGGCAUCAAACGUUCUUUAGAGAUUUUUUGGUUUGUGACUCAGCUCUGCUUCCCGAUAACCUCCCCCGUGCCCGGCAUACCUCUGCGUAACCAAGUAAAGUAGUCACAGAGGUUAAAUAUACAUACACACUCUGGCCACAUCCUGUAACAUAUCAGCUUCUAACCAUAGGAUGCCGGCAGAUAUGUUUAUCAUAUUGAUAUUUAGGCAAUGAAAGAUUUUAGUUUUUCCACAGCUGAUAGAGGAGUCCGUGAAACUUAACGAAUGCUGUAUAAAGUCCUGGCACACAUUUUAGUGCCCUGCAAAUCUAUGCACUAUCACCUCCUUCAUACCAUUUUUGGUUCCAUCUGGUUAGUAAAAGUACACAUUGUGGGCUUCUUUUUAGCAGGUUCAGUCCCAAGGUGGUUUGCCUUGGACUUUGUUGCAGGUGUUCCCUCUUAUCCUGUGUUGCAGUUGUUCAAAAUGCUUUUGCUGGGUAAAGCUGUUUCAUGCUUUGUGCUCAGUUACAGUAUGUGGUUAAUUAAACCCAACGUUGUUCUGAAGCAUGGUCAUAAACUUAGUGCGAGAGAAAUGUGAUAGGUUUGCUCGAGAAACACCAGCGCACUAAAAAACAGUGAAUUCCCUAAUUAGCAUGUGGGCUUGUGCUACAUUCAUGUCUAGCUGACAGGGUUCGAGGACAAUGGUUCCCACACUAAUAUGGGAAUCAUUGCCAUCAUGUUAUCGGAAUGUGGGAAAAACUGCAAAAGGAAGAAGUUUGAAUUCAAUGUGUCCUGCCGUGAACGUAAUCGUGAAAGACACUGGAAAUGUCCAGUCUGCUAUCCAAAGACAGUUUAGUCUGUGAACUCGAGGAGGUGUGGAUCAAACUGCCAACCUUGCAGUUAUUGGAUGAGCUCAUCAAAGCACAAGCUGACUGGUCAGUCACAGUCCUGGAUCAAUAUUCUUCUGAUAUUGCAGGACAACUGUGAGGCUCCUUAAUUCUGUUGACUUUGUUAAAGAGUUACAUCCAAUCAGGUAAACUGGCAGUUUUGAAAGUGUGUUUUAGAACCAGGCCAAAUGUAUGGUGGUCACACAGGGACAUAUUUCAACUGAAAGAAAAUAUUCUUCUGCCCCUCUUUAGCACUGCGAGUGUCAGGUUAGCAUCUUCGUUUUGUCUCCUGGGUCAUGAAUGUAGCACCAGAAGUCAUGAUCCAUAAGCCGUGUCCACACUAACCUUUGUGCGUCCAGCUUCACUCCGGCUGUGCAGACAUCAGUACCACACACUGUAUACAAUGACCUCCAGUACUCACUGUUACUGGAACAGCCACACGUGUUGAUCUGAAAGAGUCCACAUAGAUACGUUCAAUUAUUUUAUUUUUUGCCUUGAGGUGCUUUAUAUUGCAAGCUACAACAUGGGCGAGCGAAGGCCAACAAUCACAUGAUGUAGAUAAGGUGCAUCCUAAUCAGUGAGGUAAGUGCACUGCACUCUGUGCAGCCUGACCCCACCUGCACAGAGGGACCUCUUUGGAUCUUUAUGAACUUGAUCCGUUUCUUAUCGCUCCAAAAAGACAUAAUUACAAAACACUGCUACGUGAUACAAAUGAUUUAAAGAAUGAAAAGUACAAUUCACAGCCACAAAUGAAAGUUAUCCGCUUCAUUUGAUGUUUUUGAGGUUCACUCCUGCUGCAGUUACUGAAGCUACUAUUAACCCCUGAGUGCUACAUCAAACAGGCGGACAUUUGGAAUAUUUAUUUGGUAUUUAUUACAUGAUGUGGAAAGCAUUAAUAUAUUAGUUCUUAAUUUAAUUCACUUCAUCUUUAUGUACAACUGAGCCAAACUACCGAUGGCUACAGAAUAAAGUUAUUGUUCAUCGCGAGAGGCAUCAACACACAACUGUAUCUUCAACAUAUUUUUCUAGCAGCUACGUUUUCUGCUGUACCGACGUCUCUGUCCAUCCUUAUACUCAUGCUGUGUUACUGUUACUCUGUGUUGUUGUUCAGACUUAAGUAGCAUAACCUUUCCAUCAUUCUGAGAAUGAAUCGAUGUGUGUUCAUUAUUGCAGAUUAUUUGGUAUUUAUUUUGUACAUCAGAGUCCUGAAAGAAAAUCCUACCUUUGUAAAUAUUGAAGACUUGACCCCCACCCGCCCAAUGAGUCACAAAUCUGCAUCCACCAAGCAGCUGUAGUGGUGCAGUCUGUCCUGCACCUUUGUUAUGUAGCUUGGAUUAAUCUUUGCACUCUGAGGAAGAGUCAUCCCUUUGCGUUGUCAUAUACGGACUGUGGCAAGCCUUCUCAGGUGAUGGCUUGGUUUGUGUUGUGAAAGAGAAACAUGUUCGAUUCUACUGUGUUCAAAGUAACAGCUCCUGCAGCGUACUACCUGAGUUACACAAACUACUACAAGACCUGAGAACAUGAAUUUCCUGAGGUCCCCUCCUUGUCUCAGAUAGAGGCUGGAUACACAGGCAUGACAUGUGUCUCAUUACAGGGGUCAACAACUUUGACCCCUGUAAUGUAUUCCACUUUGUUUGUUGGUCUUUGUUCCCCAUUACAACUCUUCUCAGGUGCUCUUUGUCAACUUGUAAAUCUGCAUAUCCACAAAAACCUUGGUAAGAAGUCUUAAACUGGGGAAAAUCAUUCAUUUUCUGAACUUCCUCUUUCUUAAUGUGUCCUAGUGUGAGACGGCCAAUUAACUGCAGCCCCAAACCUGACAUGUGUUUCAAACGAUCCACAGCAAACAGGUACAGUGUGAUAUCAGACCACAUCAAAAUAACACUUCCACAAUCCUCAGCUGAUACACUUACACUGCAGAAUGAAACGGUUUUACUAGUUUUGAUCUCUGUAACAAAGACCAAAGGGAUGUUUGUCAUGAUGAUAUAUAAUCAACACUAAGCGUUCGGUAAAACUAACAUUUAAACGGCGUGUUCUCUUCUGUCUAGAAUCCGUUGACAGCUCUCUCUCGAGCACUGUACAGAUGAACCUUGGCAGUGUUAAUACAAUACAGAGUUGGACGAGCUGCCUGCUAAUGGCUGCAGUAAGAGGCAAGCCUUUCUAAUUCAGUCAGUUUGAUUUGUUAAAGCAAACUCAACACUUCAUGUGUACACUGAAGGACACGUGAAGGACACUAAAGGAGUAAAACUCCUCAAUCAUUUCAUGCAAUGGGAAAGCCUUUAAUCUUCCUGUGAGAUGUUUGCCUGCAUACUGUAUGCAAAAACACUGAACGAGACCAGACAACCACAAAGCCAGGCAGAUCAGCAUCCACAUCUAUUGGAGAUAAAGAAUCUGAAUUUCAGGAGUGGGACAUGCCUCCAAACAUGCUCCUUCUGGUUCUUUUCUACAUAUGACUCCCCCACUUCUGGUUUUCAUGCCCCACCCUCACCUCUUCACUUCUCAUCAGUACACAGAUCUGCCAUGGAAACAGGGCAUGUGUUUUUGGACUUUGAUGGGAAUAUUUGUAUUCUUUUAAUAAUUUACCUUGAGUGUUUUUGCCAGGCUGUCUCUAUCCCCAUCUGUGCUACAUCCAAGUGUUAGCUACAGUUAUCCUUCUUGUGAUGUAGCACAAUGCCACUUGAAAUUGAUUGAAGUUACCUGCUUAGCAGGGCGCCAGGUUAAAAACAGUUGUAGAGGAUUUUCAUGAAACACAUGCUUAUUUGCUUCCUACAGUGGGUUUAGAAGUUGACCCAGACCACCUGCUGCUAACGUCUGCAGAGGAGAAGGCCACUUUACUUAUGAUAGACCUUGUGGCUCCAAAGUGAAAUUUGAGUUUGAGCAUCUCUAAAACAGAGCCCAGUAGUUUCCUUCUCAUUGCUGAUCUUAUAUUUCUCACAGUACGUCCCAGUCAUCUGUCCUCUCUCCUGAAUGUUAAAGCAGUGUCCUCUGAGUUUUAAUCAGCAGGAUGACUCCUCCCAUGCUGUACUGUGUUGACUAGCAGGACGCUGCUUGUGAAACUGACACAGACAGUGAGACAGAGCACUGGAAGAGCAAUAUUUGGUUGAAGAGCAGGUCUGAAUUGUAUCACUGGAACUGGAAAUCUUUGCUAAAAACCAUCACACACACCACUCCUUACUCGCUCUGCUGCUGCCCAUCCACCAACCUCCACUGGUGGACCACAGCAGGGAUGCUGGCAACAACAAAAAAACAAAGGUAUACAAAGCUUCGUGUGUGUCUACACAUCAGUUUAUGGUGCACAAAGACCAAGCUUCUUUUUCUUCACUCUUCACAUUAUCUUAGCUCACCUUUAAUUGGGGAUGAAAAUAGUCAAUGUGUAUUUUUACAGCCUUUGCUUUUCCUUCAGUUUAAAAUGCUGCAAAGUGUCAGAACUUACUGGUGCACGUUUCCAGCUGGAUUUUUCACAACUGCGUCAUAUUGGCAUCUUCUUGUUUUUACCAUGUGUAUCAGAGCAGCGUGUUCACACCUUGCUUCUACAUGCAGCAUAACAGCUUUUGUAAGGUACAUCUACUCUACAGGAAAUGGCUUAAAUAUAUUCACCAUGUAUGCGUGUAUGAUGACAUGUUGCAACUUCUGCUAGUGCGCCUUCUUUAUAGUAAAGCUAUCUCCUUUUCUCUA